AUGGCUCCAAACGAAGAUCUGGAAUUUUCUUUCUUGAACUUGCCAGAAAAUUUUGGUGCUCUCACGGAUUGUGUGGGAAAUUCUUCGUUGCUGGUUUCAGAAAAUCAACACAAUAACUUGGUUGGACUUGUCCCUUUCUCUGCUGCCACAAAUAAUGUGUUCUCUUCACCACUAGUAGAGAAUUCAAACAAUGAUCAAGGGACAUUCACAAGAACUCCAAGCAUUGAACAAGAAACAGCUAUAGUACCACAAAAUCAAAGCUUUCAUCAGGAGGAGGAUUACUCUAAGUAUUUAACCACCACCGUUGAAAACUUUCAUGACAUGUCGUCUUGUGUAUUAAGCAGUGGCCAAAGAGAAAGUGUGUACAACGGACUACAAUCAAUCAACUUACAAGGACCUCUAGAGCAGAGUUAUCAACAACCUUUACUGUCCCAGACAAUUCCUUGUUUCUCUAACGUGCCAUAUGCUUCAACAAUGGUGAGGAGUAAUAUGCAAGAAGUGGAGAAAGCUAAUGAACCCACAAAUUUUAAUCUAAUUCAACAUGGCCUUCAAGAUCAUCACUUUCAACCUUCUCUGUAUCAUCAGGAGGAACAAUUUGAUCACAACGAGUCACUACUCGAACAAAUCAUACAUAUCCAUGAAACUGAUUAUAAAAUGCAACUACCAAAAUUUUCUAACAUGUCGUCUACCCCAACAUCAGUGGGGACAUUGCUAAACAACAACCAAUGCCUAAUUCCUGAUGCCUCGACUUCAAAUACUAUAAUGAAUCCAGGGUCAGGAAACUACUCACCAUUUACGCAAACUUCAUAUCAGCCUGACUCAGUGGCUUAUGCUUUCCAAAAACCAAGCCCAGUAAACCCUCCUCGUCGGCCCCGUGGAAGACCCAGGAGAUAUCCAAGUGUUACGUCUUCAAGUUUGACUAAUACUGCACCAAAAAACAUGGCUUUGGUACCUACAACUCAAACCCUCUUAGCCCCUCCCAGGCCUUAUUGCCCACAAGACAAGGGAAAACAACAUGUUACAGGCACAUCAAUGCCGGCUUUGAACCCAACUCUCUAUAAUCAAUAUCAAAAUUCACACACAAACUCAUUGAUCCAACAGAGUGGAGGCUUCAGACAACGCAGUUGCUAUGAUCAAUUUGAAAAUGAAGGUUCUUCGUCUAAAAGAAGGAGGAUCACGUUUCCGUUUCAAGAAACAAGCGUAGCAGCUUCAUCGGUUAUAUCUUCUUGGCAAAAUGGAAAUAUGAGUACAAAUGGGGCCAAUCUCCAUGAAGAAAGGUUAACAAAUACAGUAUAUGAUCCACGCUAUGCAGGUGCUGGAUUAGCCAUUGAUCCUCAUUUGAGAUUCUUUUGAUUUUUUCUUAUA